CAUUUCCUCACGCGCUGCCACGCGCCUCAAUGCCUUUAUAGAAUUCACUCACCGAAGCAGAACCAAGUCCUGCAAUUUCGGAGUCAAGUAAUAAAACGUAAAGACGCUGAACGAUUUUCCCAGGAAACAAACAGUCUGAGAUUUUCUCGGGAACCAAACAGGCGAGAGAAAAAAUGCAGAGAUUCUUGGCGAGGAGUGUUUUUUCGGAAAGAGAGUUUCCGCGAUGGAAACGAUGCUUUUCCUCUCUCGCAGAAGCUCAGAAGGAAGCCUACAAUGGCGUCGACGUCGCCGAUGUUCCUAAAAUCCCUCCUUUCGAUUUCUCUCCUCCGCCGUACGAUGGUCCCACCGCCGACGAGAUCCUCGCCAAGCGCAAGGAGUUUCUCAGCCCUUCCAUGUUCUACUUCUACAAGAAACCCUUGAACGUGGUGGCUGGGAAGAGGCAAUACUUGUUCGACGAGAAGGGAAGGAGAUAUUUGGACGCUUUUGGGGGGAUUGCUACGGUGAGCUGCGGCCACUGCCAUCCCGAUGUGGUCGACGCCAUUGUCUCUCAAACCAACCGUCUCCAGCACUCCACCAUCCUCUACCUCAACCGCGCCAUCGCCGACUUCGCCGAGGCCCUCGCCUCCAAGUUGCCCGGAAAUCUCAAGGUGGUGUUUUUCACGAAUUCUGGGACGGAAGCAAACGAGUUGGCGAUGAUGAUAGCGAGGCUCUACACUGGUUGCCAUGACAUAAUAUCGUUAAGAAAUGCUUAUCAUGGUAACGCAGCUGGGACUAUGGGGGCCACUGCACAGUGCAACUGGAAAUUCAAUGUCGUACAGAGUGGAGUUCAUCAUGCUUUAAACCCGGACCCAUAUAGGGGUGUUUUCGGUUCAGAUGGAGAGAAGUAUGCAAGAGACGUCCAGGAUCUUAUCGAGUUUGGAACUUCUGGACAUGUUGCUGCUUUUAUGUCUGAAGCUAUCCAGGGAGUAGGGGGAAUUGUGGAGUUGGCCCCGUGUUACUUGCCCGCUGUUUACAGUAGCAUAAAGAAAGCAGGCGGCCUUUGCAUCGCUGAUGAGGUCCAGUCUGGGUUUGCUCGCACUGGGAGCCACUUUUGGGGAUUUGAGAUCCAAGGUGUUGUGCCUGAUAUAGUGACAAUGGCAAAGGGGAUUGGAAAUGGCAUUCCCCUCGGUGCUCUGGUGACGACUCCUGAGAUUGGUGAGGUCCUGACUCGUCGCAGUUACUUCAACACCUUUGGUGGAAACCCUGUAUGCACAGCUGCAGGAUUAGCUGUUUUGAAGGUGAUUGAGAAAGAAAAGCUUCAGGAGAAUGCCUUUGUUGUGGGGUCCCAUCUCAAGGAGAGACUCACCGCAUUGAAGAACAAAUAUGAACUUAUUGGGGACGUGAGGGGAAGAGGACUCAUGCUCGGUGUUGAACUAGUCACCGAUCGUCAAUUGAAGACACCUGCAAAGGCUGAAACCUUACAUGUAAUGGAUCAAAUGAAAGAUUUAGGGGUGCUGAUAGGUAAAGGUGGAUAUUAUGGAAAUGUUUUUAGGAUUACACCUCCUCUCUGCUUCACCAAGGACGAUGCAGAUUUCCUCGUGGACGUCAUGGAUUACACAUUGGGGAAGAUUUGAAGAAGCCCACAAAAUAAGUGUCUAUGUAAAUGUCUAAUUUAUUAGGCACAAAUAGAUCUAAGUAGUACCUUUGUAUGAUGAAAGGUCUCUUGUAUGGGUGAAAUAUAAUCUACAUGGUUUGUGCA